AUGCCCAACGAGCGCUUGGUGCUCAGAAGAGCAGGCAGCCUGGGUGCAUACCGGUGGACUUACCUGGUCUCGGAACUUGUCAGCUCGUCCGGAUGCAUGUUUCCAUUCCAUGAAGGAAAAGUGUACAUUAUAGUCAGUGCCAAGCAGUGGAGAAACAGGGAGGAUCCCCGAAAGAGAUGGUUUCGGCAGCUGCCAGGAACAUCCCCCCAAGCCCCUCAGGGCCAGGGAGCCUCAAGCAGCAGCUCCUCACAGCCAUCCUGGGGUGUCGUCCUGGCGGCUCUGCUCAGUGAGACCCCCCAGGAGCCAGAUAUCGUGAGAGCGCAGCAGCCCCACGCUGGGAGCCAAAAACUGUAA